GAGAGAGAGAGAGAGAAAUAAGUAGAAGUCAAACAAAGACAGAGGAAAAGAAAAGAACCCCACUUUGCCAUCUUUCUCUAUCUCUCUCUCUCUGAGAUUCUCUAAAACGAACAGGGAACGAGUUUCUGCAGAGAAAGUGGAAGUUUUGGUCGCAGGCAUGAACGGAAAGGCCAGCGUUUCCAAGGAGCUUAAUGAAAAGCACAGAAAGAUAUUGGAGGCUCUGCUUAAAUUACCUGAGAACAGGGAAUGUGCUGACUGCAGAAGCAAAGCCCCAAGAUGGGCCAGCGUAAAUCUGGGAAUAUUUAUAUGCCUGCAAUGUUCUGGAGUACAUAGGAGCCUCGGAGUACACAUAUCAAAAGUGAGAUCUGCUACUUUAGACACGUGGCUCCCUGAGCAGGUUGCUUUUAUUCAGUCUAUGGGGAAUGAGAAAGCGAAUGGCUAUUGGGAAGCAGAGUUGCCCCCGAACUAUGGCAGAGUUGGAAUCGAAAACUUCAUUCGUGCAAAGUAUGUUGAGAAAAGAUGGGUUUCUCGAGAUGAAAAAAUGAGAUCACCACAAAGUACGACUGGAGCUAGAACACCUGUCUAUAAAUCAUCACCUCAUAAUGGUCACCGCAAUGGCUAUUCAAAUAGGAUAGAGCACCCUCCAGCUGAGAAGAAAAAUACUCAUUCAUCCAAUGGAGAUGCUAGGGCAACUGCCUCAGAGAAUAGCACUUUUGCACCUGCUAAAGUAGCACAACAGGUAGUUGCAGAAACAAAGCCACACGAGAAGGUGGAGAAACCUAUACCGGAAGUUUCUGAGGCUGAGUCUAUUAGAAAGGGGGCGGGGAAACCUAAAUCAGAAGUCCCCAAGGCUGAGUCUACAAAAGAGCCAGCAAAUCUUCCCCCAGUUGCCACACCAGCCAAAGUUGAUUAUGCUACUGAGCUUUUCAAUUUGCUCUGCAUGGACGAUAGUAAACCAAAUGGCUCCCAUUUGGACUCUGCCAAUGGCAAUUCUUUAGCAGAAGCUCAACCAGCACCAGCAAAAUCAGUACCUGUGGAUGCUAGUUCAGCAGUAGCAGCAGAAAGCUAUAUGUUGUCAAAAUCUGGGAUUCAAAAUCAACAAGUAUACUCCCGAGUAGCGACUCCAUAUCUUUCAGAGAAGUCCAAGCAAGUAUCUCCAUUUUCUAUCCAACAACAACAACUACUUCCAGUCCUACCUCAGCAACAGUCCUUCCUCCGUAAUGGAGUCCAAUACCAUAUUGUGGACAUACCUCAGCCCAGCUUGAAUGUUGCGCCAACAUCGUCUCAGCAUUAUAGGGGAAUCAUUAAUCAAUCUCCUGUCCUGAUGUCGUUAGCCGAAACACAGAAACAUAUGCAGAUGGCAAAUGGCCAGCAGGCAAGGCAUGCGGGUUCAGUUGCUUAUCCACCUCAGAGAUCCUACAUUGGUGGGCCAGGAGCUCCAAUAAAUGGCGCUACGGGAACAAUUUUUCCUCAGCCCAUGACGCGGCCAAGACCAUCCAUCACCCCGACUCCAUCCGGGCAUGAUUUUGACUUCUCAUCUUUAACGCAAGGACUAUUUGUGAAACGGUGAUAAGUAGUUGCCAGUGUGAAUAUGAUUUCCUUA